AAGAUUCCCGUUCUGCCGCCGGUAGUGAAUGAUGGGUUAGUCUUGUCGUUGCUGCGGAACAGUGCACAUCAUCGUCUGCUGAGGUAUCACCUCGUCCGAGUGUAGUAAUUGGUGGUGAACAAUACAGUUUAUCAUUGUGAUCAAUUUUACCAAAGAUUACCUCAUACGAUAACGCAACAAGCAACGAAUGUUUACAGCCUACUUACUUAAACAUCAUCUCAACCGAACGACCUAAAUUAUUGCGUCCAGAUUCGUGUACUUCAGCAUACCACUUAACAAAUCUGCUUAAAUCGGUGAUCGCUAGUGUUUUCGUUUUACCUGAUCUAUAUUAAGUUUAGUGUUAAACAAGGGAAAUAAUAGUAGGGAAGUUUAUUUUUUACAAAAUUUACACUUUAAAUUAGCUGUAAGGGUAGGAGUUCAUCGGCAUCACCAUGUCAAUGUGCGGUGCUCAGAUAGCCUUGAAGGCGUUCAAAAGGGCUCCACGUAUCAGGGUUUGGUCCAUGACCAAGAAUGCAUAUUCUACUAAGGUAGAAUACAAGCCAAUUCGAUCCGUGCUGGUUGCGAAUCGCGGCGAAAUUGCCAUCCGUGUCUUCCGAGCAUGUAACGAAUUAGGCAUUCGAUCGGUGGCGGUGUACUCGGAGCAGGAUAAGAUGCACAUGCACCGUCAGAAGGCCGAUGAAUCGUACAUGGUGGGCAAAGGCCUCGCGCCAGUCGAGGCGUAUCUAAGCAUUCCGGAGAUUAUUAGAGUCUGUAAGGAGAACGACGUCGAUGCUGUACAUCCAGGUUAUGGUUUCCUAUCGGAGCGAUCCGACUUCGCCCAGGCCGUCAUCGAUGCUGGCCUUCGAUUCAUCGGCCCGUCGCCGAAAGUUGUGCAACAGAUGGGAGACAAGGUAGCCGCACGUCAGGCAGCCAUCGAAGCCGGUGUCCCCAUCGUGCCGGGAACGGAUGGACCUGUCACGACCAAGGAAGAAGCUCUCGAUUUCUGCAAGAAACAUGGGCUGCCCGUAAUCUUCAAGGCCGCCUAUGGUGGAGGUGGUCGAGGAAUGAGAGUGGUGCGAAAGAUGGAAGAAGUCGAGGACAAUUUCCAGCGAGCCAGCUCUGAAGCCAAAGCAGCUUUCGGCAACGGUGCCAUGUUCAUUGAAAAGUUCAUCGAACGGCCACGUCACAUCGAGGUACAGCUGCUCGGAGACAAGGCCGGUAACGUGGUCCAUCUCUAUGAACGUGACUGUUCGGUGCAAAGACGUCACCAGAAAGUCGUUGAAAUUGCUCCUGCGCCACGUUUAGCUCGAGAGGUUCGAGAUAAAAUGACUGAAUACGCCGUGAGACUGGCCAAACACGUUGGAUACGAAAACGCCGGAACAGUCGAAUUCCUCUGUGACGAAUCGGGAAAUUUCUACUUCAUUGAAGUGAACGCCCGCCUUCAAGUAGAGCACACCGUCACGGAAGAAAUCACUGGCAUUGAUCUCGUCCAAUCACAAAUCAGGGUAGCCGAAGGCAUGACAUUGCCUGAACUAGGAUACAAUCAAGAAAACAUUAAAACUCAGGGAUAUGCCAUCCAGUGCCGUGUAACUACUGAAGAUCCUGCCAACGACUUCCAGCCGAAUACCGGCCGUUUGGAAGUGUUCCGAUCCGGUGAAGGUAUGGGUAUCCGUCUGGACAGUGCCUCUGCCUAUGCCGGUGCCAUCAUCUCACCCUACUACGACUCCCUUCUGGUCAAAGUCAUUUCGCACGCUUCCGAUCUACAAUCUUCCGCUGCCAAAAUGAACCGUGCUCUGCGUGAAUUCCGAAUCCGUGGCGUCAAGACGAACAUCCCAUUCCUGCUGAACGUGCUGGAAAAUCAGAAGUUCCUAAACGGUGUGCUGGAUACGUACUUCAUUGAUGAGCACCCGCAACUGUUCCGCUUUGCCAAAUCCAAGAAUCGUGCACAAAAACUGCUGAACUACCUUGGAGAAGUGCUAGUGAACGGCCCCACUACACCGCUGGCGACCAAGUUGAAGCCCGCCGAAGUGCAGCCACAUGUCCCACAUUUGCCGUUGGAUUUGUCACCAGAAGCACUAGCGGAAGAGGAGAAAGGCAUAAAAGUGACCGAUCCGCCACGAGGAUUCAAAGAUAUCCUGCGCGAGCAAGGCCCAGAAGGAUUUGCCAAGGCGGUCCGAGCUCAGAAGAACCUGCUACUGAUGGACACCACUUUCCGUGAUGCGCAUCAGUCUCUGCUGGCCACCCGUGUCCGAUCGCACGAUUUGCUGAAGAUCUCCCCUUACGUGUCGCACAAGUUCAACAAUCUCUACUCCCUCGAAAACUGGGGCGGAGCCACCUUUGACGUAGCCCUGCGCUUCUUGCACGAGUGUCCAUGGGAACGCCUGGAAGACAUGCGCAAACAGAUCCCGAACAUUCCAUUCCAAAUGCUACUCCGAGGUGCCAACGCUGUUGGUUAUACCAACUAUCCCGAUAAUGUCGUUCACAAGUUCUGCGAGCUUUCGGUUCAAUGCGGCAUGGACAUUUUCCGAGUGUUCGAUUCCCUUAACUACCUGCCUAACCUGAUUUUGGGAAUGGAAGCAGCUGGUAAUGCUGGAGGUGUUGUAGAAGCCGCAAUUUCCUAUACUGGAGAUGUAAGCGACCCAUCCAAGAAAAAGUAUGACCUCAAGUACUACACCAAUCUAGCCGAUGAACUAGUCAAGGCUGGAACGCACGUUCUUUGCAUCAAGGAUAUGGCUGGCCUACUCAAGCCCCAAGCUGCCAAGUUGCUUAUCGCCGCUAUCCGUGAAAAGCAUCCAGAUGUUCCAAUCCACAUUCACACCCACGACACUUCUGGAGCGGGAGUUGCAUCUAUGCUGGCCUGUGCUGAAGCUGGAGCCGAUGUUGUGGAUGUUGCCGUAGACUCCAUGUCCGGAAUGACCUCUCAGCCUAGUAUGGGUGCCGUUGUGGCCUCGCUACAGGGAACUAAGCUGGAUACCGGUCUAAAUCUGCGUGACAUUAGCGAAUAUUCCGCCUACUGGGAACAAACUCGAACCCUAUACGCACCAUUUGAGUGCACUACGACUAUGAAGUCUGGAAACGCUGACGUGUACCUGAAUGAAAUUCCUGGAGGCCAGUACACCAACCUCCAGUUCCAAGCUUACUCUCUGGGAUUGGGCGAUUUCUUCGAGGAUGUCAAGAAGGCCUACCGCGAAGCUAACCUGUUGCUCGGUGACAUUAUCAAGGUCACUCCGUCGUCCAAGGUCGUUGGCGACUUGGCUCAAUUUAUGGUACAAAAUCAUCUUACAGCCGAUCAGGUCAUGGAACGGGCGGAAGAACUAUCCUUCCCCAAAUCUGUAAUCGAAUUUCUGCAAGGCGCUAUCGGAACUCCCCAUGGUGGAUUCCCUGAACCAUUCCGGUCUCGUGUGCUUAAGGACAUGCCUCGCAUUGAAGGACGCCCAGGAGCUUCGCUGAACUCGCUAGAUUUCGACAAACUCAAAAAAGACCUCCAAGAAUCUCACCCUGAUGUGUCGGAACGCGAUGUGAUGUCCGCCGCUCUGUAUCCUCAGGUCACCAACGAUUACCUCAACUUUAGGGACUCAUUUGGACCAGUAGAUAAGCUAGAUACCCGUGUAUUCCUAACUGGCCCGAAGGUAGGCGAAGAGUUCGAAGUUACUAUCGAAAAGGGCAAAACACUUGGCUUCAAAACUCUCGCCAUGGCUGAAGACUUGACUGCGAAUGGCGAACGAGAGGUCUUCUUUGAGUUGAACGGUCAACUGCGGUCAGUCAUGGUUCGCGAUAAAGAAGCCGUCAAGGAGCUGCACAUCCAUCCAAAGGCGAGCAAAGGAAACAAGGAUCAAGUUGGUGCCCCCAUGCCUGGUUCCGUUAUCGAAAUCAAAGUGAAAGUGGGAGACCGCGUUGAGAAAGGCCAGCCUCUGGUGGUACUGUCUGCGAUGAAAAUGGAAAUGGUCGUUCAAUCACCACGAGCGGGAGUUGUCAAAACACUGGACAUUACCUCCGGUAUGAAGCUCGAAGGCGAAGAUCUGAUCCUGACGUUGGAAUAGGUUGCAUGAUCCCGAGGAUUGGCAGUUGCAGAAAAGACGAACCGUUACACGGACAUUUCAUGUGCGGUAUUCAUAUUCAUUGGAGCAAAGUCGUCGCUUUCUUGAAGAUUAAAGGGAUUAAGUCCGUGGGGAAUGUACAUUUUCAUAAUAUGCUUAAAUUGGUGUGUUGCGUCGAGUAAUGUUAUCGUGUUCUGCCAUAGGCAGCUUUUUUGUUACAAGUGCAAAAACUACAUUUAUUUUUGAUUUAUAUUUUAAGUUGAAAAUACAGGUAAAUACUCAAAUUGUA